ACUAGGGCGGAGAUGGAGCGCAAAUUAUAAAGGCAGCAGACAGGAUCUGAAUUGCCACCAGUGAAGAGUGAGACCGAGAGGCUACCUGGCUUUCUUCCCCACUAGAUAAAACCAACAUUGACUUAGGAAUUGAAUACAGAAAGACUAACAUAUCUGACAUUUCUUUGCCAGAGCUGCAUUAUACUUGAAGGAUGUCUUCCAUCUUGAAAGUGUUUGGGAGAGACGAUAAGGAGAAGGAGAAGGAGAAGGAAAAGGAAAAGGAAAAAGACAAGAAAGAUGGAGACAAAAAAGACAAGAAAAAGAAGAAGGAGAAAAAGCAUGAUGGACAAGAUGAUAGCAGCAGCAGCUCCGACAGUGAUUCUGAAAAGGGUCAUAGUGGUGUAAAAAAGGAAAAGAAAAAGAAGGAAAAGAAAGAAAAGAAUUAACUUUCAAGGCAACUUAAAACUAGCAGAGGGAAAUACAUUGGCCAAACUGGCUAAGAUCUUCAGGGCAUUUGGAGAGAAGAACCAACUACCUGAAUUUAGUUUAUCCAAAACUAUGUGUAUUAAAUUUGUUUAUAUUAAAACUUGGUCUGUUUCUUCUCACCCCUGCCAAA